GUCACUGAUGGUUUCCUGACUUGAUUGUGAAAAGGAAACUGUACACCAGGCAGUGGAGAACCAAGUGUCAGGGUAAAACCUUUACCCACACAUCUUGGAGACAAGGUGGGCAGGAGGGAGCCUCGAUGGCCCAGUCCCCCUUCUUCCUUUGAACUAUAAAACUGAAGACGGGAUUUUGUUCUGGGUGGAAGGGACACUAUGCUCACAGAAUUCCUGUCCCUGCUUUGCCUUGGGCUUUCCCUGGGCUUUGAAGACGAGAAAAAGAAUGAAAUGCUUCCCAAACCCACGCUCAGUGCCUUGCCCAGCAACAUGGUUGAACACAGAGGCAACGUGAGCCUCAGGUGCCAGUCUCACUUCCAGAAUGUGACAUUCAUGCUGGGGAAGCUGCAGGACUCUGGGUACAGGCAGGAGCAGAGAUCCACAGGACAUGAGGCUGAAUUCCUCCUCACUCACCUGGAGCCGAAGGAUGCUGGGAUGUACUUUUGUGCCUACAAGACAAUGGUCUCCCAGGAGUGGUCAGAAGAGAGUGAACACCUGUGGCUGCAGGUCAAAGAUAACGAUGAUGGACGUGGAGCUCCUGCAGCAAAAAAAUUGAGUGAGUCACUGUGGAAGAAGCCAGAGGCUGAUGUUUCUCUGCUUCCCAUUGAGGGUCCUACUAGUCUGGGAACAGCUGCUUCCAUCCUGUUUCCUUAUGUCCCUGGAGAUGUGCAGAGAGUUUGCUGCUUUUGAGGGUCUCCUGGAUUCAGUGCCACCAGAAGACUCAAAUAAGUAUUAAUGUGAAUGUAACAUUGUAGGGGGUACAGGGGAAAGAGGGCUGAGAAGUAAAGGACUGAGCAAUCAUCCCUCCACCGCAUCUUUUGCAUGGAGCUGGGAAAGUGGAGGAGACAUAGAAGGUCACACACCCUGGCAACUGGUGACCAACAGAACUAGGGCAUUCAUGCUUCCACAAAUGGCAGUCAUGGUAAAGAGAUGUCCCUGGAAUACAUAGAUCCCGAGGCAUUUUGGGUCCUUCCUGGCAGUCCCCCACAAAGAGAAGCAAGUGUCCGCAUUGGAAGGUGAAAUAAACCAUGAUCCAGAGCGCAUUAAAAUGGCAAAGGGAUCUGGGCAAGCAGUGUGGAGCACUGGCAUCGUCUGUUACAGAGGGAGACAGGUGUGGGUGGGAUAUCGGGAGAGAGAAUAAUCGUUAUCACCGCAAUCUCAUUAUCCUACAUCAUGAGUCAGAUCCAGGCUCUGUGCUUUGAAGCCAGUGCCUUCCAUCAUUACCCAGCUCUUCAAGUUAGGGAUUCUCAUCCCGCCCCUGUCCUUUGUACCCCACCUUCUGGAGGUAGAGUUGACAAAAGCAUACAAUGUGGUGGUUUGAUGCACGUGUACACCGUAGAAGGACCAAGUUAAUGAAUACAUCCUCCCUUUGCAUAUUUGCCUUUGGUUUUUGUGUGAGAAUGCUUAAGAUCUACUCAUAGCAAAUUUCAGUGUUGUCAACUAUUGUCACUAUGCCAUCCAUCAGGUCUCCAGAAUUCAUCGGUUCACUAGAAGCCAGUAGCCUUUUACCAGCUUCUCCCGACCUCCCCUGUCCUUGGCCCCUGGCCACCACCACUCUACUCUCUGCUUCUAUAAGUUCAGUUUUUAAUUUUGUUUUGUUUCACAUUCCAUGUAUAAGUGAAAUCUAAUCAUGUAGUAUUUGUCUUUGUCUGGCUCGUCUCA